AUGGCGGCAGGUGCGGGAAAAGUGGCCAACUUGGGUCUUCUGGGAGAAGUGGCGCAGUGGCCUCUGCAGCGGUAUGGCCGCUUCAUGCUCUCAGGUGCCCGCGAGUCGUCCGAGCCUGGGCCCGAAGCUGCCACGGCUCCUUCUCCUACUUGGAAGGUUUUUGAUUCCAAUGAAGAAUCUGGGUGCCUCGUUCUCACCAUCGUCAUAUCCGGUCACUUCUUCAUUUCCCAAGGAGAGACACUACUGGAAGGAUUUUCACUCAUUGGCAGCAAGAACUGGCUGAAGAUUGUGAGGCGCAUGGACUGUCUGUUGUUUGGAACGACAACAAAGGACAAGAGCCGCAUGUUCCGGGUGCAGUUCGCUGGAGAAACCAAGGAGGCAGCCCUGGAGCUGUGCCGCGCCUGCGUGCGGAGCCUGGCCCAAUACAUCACCGUGGAGGCGCCCGAUGGCAGCCCGGAGCCUCGGCCCAGCCCCAGGCCCCAGUGGGCAGGUGGAAGCCAGGAGAAGGACAGUGCAAAGCCUCCGUGGCACAGGCCCUGCCCAGACCUGGAGCGGGUGCGCACCAUAGCUGCCACAAGCAUGGCCGAGGAGAGGGUGUCGGUGCCACAGCUCGCUCAGAAACAUUAUCCUGUGUCCAAAGUGCAUGUCACCUGCGCAGCUCUGGAACACGGCUUUCAGCUGCCUAGCAUGCUGACUCUCCUGGCAUCGGAGGAACUGCUGCUGAGCUGUGAGCAAUCGCCAUGGUGUGCAGAGGAAUUAGGCCCCUUUCUACGCCUGUGCCUCUUGGACCACAACUUUCCUGCCUUUGUGGAAGAAGUGGAAAAAGAGCUUCAAAAGCUGAUGGGGCUGAGAAAUUAG